UUCGAUCUGAUUCUAUCAACACACAAAUGGGUUGCACUGGAUCGACGCAGAAGAAAGGAGACGAGAGUGCCAAGAAGAUUCGCAAGCCAAAGCCUUGGAAGCAUCCACAACCAAUAACAGAGACACAGCUCAGGCAGAUGCGCGAUGAGUUCUGGGACACCUCUCCCCACUAUGGUGGCCGCAAAGAAAUCUGGGAUGCACUGCGAGCUGCUGCUGAGGCUGAUAUAACUCUUGCACAAGCAAUUGUUGACAGUGCGGGUAUCAUUGUUGCAAGUGCCGACUUGACAACAUGCUAUGAUGAGAGAGGCGCAAAGUAUGACCUGCCCAAAUAUGUUAUGAGUGAGCCAACCAACUUAAUUCGAGACAGUUAACCACAGAAGUAGGCCUUGCUUCAUUGAAAUUGAAUGUAAAUAAUGUAAAUUUCUUUCUCAUUCUCUUUUCAUAUGUUUACUGGGAGUUUGGUUGGUUUCUUCUUGAUACAAUUCUUUUGGAUUGAACUUCUCAAAACUUGUGGGGAAAAUUGAUGCAGUUUAACUCAAAGCAAGAAAACAUACUUUCUG